UUACCAGCAUCUGUGGGUUAAUCCAUUUGUAAUAGAAAAGAAUUAUAACUAGGAGAAAAAUGUCAAAUCUAAAAAUGAAAGAAGCAGCCCUUAUCUAUCUUGACAGAAGUGGAGGCCUCCAAAAGUUUAUAGAUGACUGCAAGUACUACAAUGAUUCAAAACAAAGUUAUGCUGUCUAUCGAUUCAAUAUUUUGAUAAAUCCCUCUGAUGUUGUUGAAUUGGAUGCUGAACUUGGAAAUCACAUUUUACACCAUCCUUUAAAAGCUGCACAAGUUUUUCAAUCAGUCUGUUUUAUUGCUAUUAAGACUCUCUCAUUAAUUGGACAAUUGCAGACUGAAACUCAAAUUAAUAUAGUGCUGAAAUUAACACAUUUACCUCCUCUGCCAAGUUAUGGUCUUGAUCUUUGUGAGUUUCCAUUUGAUUAUACAUCUCAGAGAUUUUAUAUGAUGCAAGGAAUUGUGAUUGCAAUGACAACUGUAACCAAGUAUUCACAAGGUGCAAGAUUUCUUUGUUCGGAUGAAGCAUGUCCUCUUUCGAAGGGAUUUCAGUAUAUAAGAGUACACAUGCCUGGUGCUACAGAAUCAUCAACAGUAAGAAAUGACUUUUUGUGUAAUCUUUGUUCAUCUUCACUUCAAGAAGACAGAAAAUUUAGAGUACUUGGUGAUAAACAGAUAGUUGAAAUAAUUACCACUAAAGUUCUUCAUGCUUUUCAAGGAUAUAUUAAAAACCAGCCAUUUAGGUUUCAAUCUCUUACAAUUUUUCUGAGAGAUGAAUUAGUAAACAAGAUGAAAAUGGGAAAUGAAUAUAAAAUUGUUGGAAUUCCAGUCUGUGUCAAAACCUCACAAACUUCUGUUUGUAUAGAAGCAAAUAGCAUCACUCUUUGUAAUCCAAAUGUUCCUUCAGGAAUUAGUGAUAACUUCAGAUGUCUUCUCUCCUUGACUUCCACCUCAUGCUGGAAAUUUACAGCAAUACUUGCCAAUAUCUUUGCAUCACAGAUUGUUCCUCCUGGUACUUACAAUUUGCUUAAACUCUGUUUGUUGCUGAGUCUAGUACAGCCAAGUGACCGUAACAAGGAGCUUGAAGAUUACUUGGAUAUUUUAAUUGUAACAAGUGAUACUAUACUUGUAGACAGACUUUUGAAUUUUAGCAUAAACCUUGUUCCCCGUGGUAUUCGUCAUCCUGUCUCUACUGAAAUUUUUCCUACUCUAUCCAAAAAUAAAUAUGGAACUGGAGCAGUUAGCAUUCAAGCAGGCAGUGCUUUGCUAGCUAAAGGUGGUAUCUGCUUUAUAGGAGACAUAGCGUCUCACAAAAAAGAUAAACUUGAACAACUUCAAUCAGUUCUAGAGAACAGAAGUAUUACAGUAUACAUUCCAGGAAAGAAGUUUGGGGAUGAUGCUGAUCAGCAAAUGACUUUUCCAGUUCAGUGCAGUUUUUGGUCUUUUGUUGAUAUGGAUUCAUCUUCCAGGAGAAAUGCACAGAAACCCAACACUCUAAUUGGUCAAAUGGAUUGCAGUUUGAUUCCAACUAACCUUGUAGACGCAUUUGGAUUAUUGAUAAACUGCAAUGAAUCAUCUCCUUGUCACCAACUUCUUCCUUCUGUGCAACAUGCUUUAAAGAAAGCUAUUGAUCCUGAAGGACUACUUUAUUUAGCUUCUAAACAGUUCACAACUGAAGAUUUUGAAAAGCUACUGGUUUUUGCAAAGAAUUUGAAUGUAGAAUUCAGCUUGGAGGCAGAAAGAAUGAUUCAUGGAUAUUAUCUAUCAAGUCGCAGAAUCCGAACAGACUCUAUAUAUGGAUCAAAAUUGUCAGCAUCUGCAUUAAAAUAUUUAGUUUCCUUAUCUGAAGCUCAUGCUCGACUAAGCGUAAGGAAUAAAGUACUCAAAGAAGAUGUACUAAUUGCAGCCUUAUUAUUUGAAACAUCUCUCACAUUGAAAUAUGGGGCCACUGUAUUUUGUGUUGCUCCAAAUGCAUUAUUCCCAUUUGAACUGUAUAAUGAAGAGUAUUUAGAGAAAAGAGAUCUCUACCUCACUCAAUGCCAGCAACAGCUCCAACAGUUCAUUGCCACAUGUGGACCUGGGACAGCUAUUUUCUCUAGUGAUGAAUAAGCAGAGAAAAAAAAUCUCUUUUUCAUUGCUAUUAUAAACAAUGGAUAGUUUUUAGUCUAGAGUGAUUUUGAAUGUUUUAGAUAAUAUACAGUAGUAUCUGGAUGUGUAAAAUGUACAAAAUUAACUAAAAGGAUACACACAAUUCAAACUUAAAAAAUAAUCUCAGCUGGGUAUAGUGGCUCAUUCCUACUGUAAUUCUAGCUACUACAAAGGCUGACAUUAAGACUGCAAUUCCAGGGCAUCCAGGGCAAAAAAUGUAUGACUAUUUCAAAAACCAGAGCAAGUCAAGCAAUGGUGGCUCAUGCCUGUAAUCCUAGCUACUCAGGAGUCAGUAAAGUCCAAGAGAUUAUAUACACAGGCACAGCAAAAAGGGACUGGUACCUUAGCUCUAGUGAUAGAGCAUGAAUUUGUGUUCAAGCCCUAGUACUUAGAAAAUUUGUGAUUCCAGUUAUCAGUGAAAAUGAAAAAUCCUAGUUGUCACAAGAUGGCAAUAAAACUACCUAUAUACUCUUUCUUGCCAAAUUGAUAAGUUACUGUAUUUACAUAGUCUGAAGCUUAAAAUGCUUUUAUACUUUGGCUUAUGUAAAUAGUUUAAGUCCUAAAUGGAGUCAGGGAAGCCUUGAAAUUGCCCAUGUUGAUUGAUUCUAAGUAGCUACAAGAGUCCAAAAGGCAAGAGACCGACUUGCAAAGUCAGUUAUAGAUGGGAUCUUACUGCUGCCGAGGGUAGAACUCCUUCGCUUAAGUCAUCUUCUUGCCUCCAAAUCUUAUCCCAACUAGCUAGACUACAGUAGUGUACCAGAAAACCUAGCUUCUAGUCUUCAUUAAUGUAUCAGUUUCAAAAAUGCUUCAAAGAAACCAGAACAUACUCCCUACAUUCACUAUUAUAAAGAACCUACUGGUACUGGAUUGUACAACUAUACCAAGGCUUAUUCUAAAGCUGGCUCUGUAUAACCUUAAUGCUGUUCUAACAAAACAUGUAUGGAUCAAAAUUCAAUUGCUAAUUAGAGUUGAAAUCCUUCUUGUCACUAUCCUUUUACUUUUCUAGCUCCCUGGGAUAAUGGUAAAAUAGUGCUAUCUCAUAAAAACUAGAGUCUCUAGCUGAGUGCUGGUACUCAUACCUUUAUACCUAGCU